ACUGCUGGCUGCUACUCUCCAUCUCGCUCUAUAAUAAUGCUAUAAAAGUAAUCCCCAUUCAUUCAUGUGUACAGUCGCAUUCUCUCAAGGGUUUCCCGUUUUACUGCGCUGUCUCUCGCUUUCAUCUUCCUUCCCUAAUCGUAACGCUUCUGUGCUCUUCAUCUUCUCAUCUCUCAGUCGCCUAGAUUGAAAUUGAUGUCUAAUCUGUACCACCAGAACGUCAAUUUCUCCCCUGCCAGAGCUGUUUCUAACCAUAUUGAUAGUCAGUAUAUGGCAGAGCUCUUAGCGGAGCGGCAGAAGCUUGGCCCCUUCACGCAAGUUCUUCCCAUAUGCAGCCGUCUCUUGAAUCAAGAAAUAUUAAGAGUAUCUGGGAUGACUACCAACCAAGGAUUUACUGACUUUGAGAGAUUGCAACGUGGAAGCCCUAGACCAAUGGCUUCUCUUGACAUGAUGCAUGAUAUUGGAGGAAAAGUUUUAGGUGGUUGGGGCAGUCUUCAACAGGAGAGACUUGGCGGGCCACAAGGGAUGCCGAUUGAUUGGCAAGCAGCAUCUGGAAGUCCAAGCUCUUUAAUAGCAAAGAGGAUCUUACGAUUGGAUAUACCCGUUGAAAGAUAUCCAAAUUACAACUUUGUUGGUAGACUUUUAGGCCCUCGUGGAAAUUCUUUGAAGCGGGUCGAAACUUCUACUGGGUGCCGUGUAUUCAUUAGAGGAAAGGGCUCAAUAAAAGACCCCGACAAGGAAGACAGCCUAAGGGGACGGCCUGGUUAUGAGCACCUAAAUGAGCCAUUGCAUGUUUUGGUUGAGGCAGAGCUACCAAUAAAUAUCAUUGAUUCACAACUGAAACAAGCCAGGGAAAUUAUUGAAGAAUUGCUCAAACCCGUGGACGAGUCUCAAGACAUGUAUAAGAGACAACAACUUAGGGAGCUUGCUUUGCUGAAUAACAGUUUCAGAGAAGAGAGCCCCCAACCAAGGGGUAGUUUAUCUCCUUUUAGUUCCACUGGAAUGAAACGUGCCAAAACCGCUUGGUGAUAAUGACUGAAAGUUCGCCACCAUGGUUGGUGGAUCUAAAAUUGUCGCUGAUCUUAUGAGUAUGAGAACUGCAAACCAGUGGAUGUGUAUCUACCAACCAACCUUGAGGUGCCAGGCUAUGUCAUAUGUUAGGCCUCAUACUAUACACAACAGGUCAUAACUGCUCUUACCGAUUUGUUGACCGUAGUAGUUUGUACUUUGCUGUUUCUAAGAGUAGAGUGAUUAUUUGAUUUGUUUGUUCUUGAGCUCUAUAGUCCAUAAGCUUAACUAUGUUUGGUUUGCCAUUCUUUUUCCGUUUGUGUAAUAAAUUAUCAUUUUGUUGUCAAAAAUAAGUUGGAUGAUAAGUUGGAUGUUGACAUGUCAACUCAUGACCAAGGUUUUUAAUCAUAAAGUUGGUGCCUUAUCUACCUCAGUACCUCUAUUUGUUUUUCCUACAUAAUGCAUCAUCAAGUCUGUAUGUAUUGAGGGAUGUUUGGAAUUGGUGUUGCUUCUGUUUCUUUUUUAAAAAAACAGGAGGAUGCGAAUAAGUUUUUCAGAUGUUGGUCUUUCCAACUUCCGAAAAACUGUUUUUAGGAGCAACUCGGAGCACUUAGAAACAUUUCUACACUUCCACCCGAACACUCCAAUAUUUGAUUCUACCAUUGAAGGAGCAGUAGUAGUUUAUGAAGCAAAUCCGUUGCUCUGUAUUUGGCAUCAUCCACCUACAAAAUUUGCAAUAAACUUCACUGUUAAGUGCAAUUUAAUGACACCAUCGGAAUAAAUGUGGCGCAUUUGACAUUGAGUCAUUGGGAUAAUAACCCUUUUACGGCCUUUCCUGUAUGUUAUAGUUUUGUAUUUCUAUUUUUUCAAUUGUCUAUUUUGUUGAUGUUUUUUAUCUUUAGUUUUCUACCCUUUCUUUUUUAUUUUACUCCUGCAAUUUGGUGGCACGCCAAAGUUUAUGCAACCCAUCCAAAAUUAUGUAUAGAAGGAUGCCAAAGUGAGUGUAUGCACCCUUGGAUGAGGGGUUUGCCACUUGUAAUCAUUGUUGUGCAUGGAAGAGAAUGCAUGGAUCACACUCGGGCCUGGACUCGGGCUGGUCGGACCGAACCGGAACCGGUCCGAACUGGUACGGUUCCGACCCGGCUCGGGAACCGGUCAGCUGGAUGGUUCGGGCCUACCUGGCCCGGUAGGUAGGCGGUCUGGGCUCGGGCCUUGCAAAUGACGAACCGGCCUGACCGGGCCGACCCUGAUCCAGGCCUCCAACGGCUUUUUUUUAAAAUAAUUAAUUAAUGAAGGCUCCCUAGCCGUUGGGAAUAAUCCCAAAC